CCAAAUCUUCGCACCGUCUGUCAUCAUAUUCCAAGUGUACAUGUGCAUAUUGUUCAUAUUGCGGUAAAUGCAGAUAAAAAGAGAAAAAUCUUAUAAAUUUCUUUAAAAUUGUCAUAAACUGAAAGCACUUUGCCUUUACGAUGGCAGAUAUUGAAAAAUUGACAAUACAGGAUGAGAUUUACACGUCCGAGAAGAACGGAAACGACAGUACUGGCAAUGGAACAUCAGAGAAACCGUUCAAGACUAUCCUUCAGGCUAUGCGUCACGCAGGCAAGGAGCCAUUCCCUAAAAUCUUUGUAGACGCCAAAGAAGAAGGCAAAGUAUAUGAACCCGCGGCAAAAUCGCAGCUGAAAAAGAUACAGAAAAUAUGGGUGAGGGAAACCCACAAAGCGGCUGAUAAAGCCAAAGCAGAGGAGGAGAGCAAUGAAAAAAGACUGCAGAACCUUGAGGAAGCUAAGAAAAUAGUGAUCCAAGUAGAUCCAAAUCUACCUAAAGCAAAGACUGUGAAAAUAGCAGAGGCUGGCGACUACCGAGGUCAGCGUAUUUGCGUCCGUGGCUGGGUACAUCGUCUCAGAAGGCAAGGCAAAGCGCUCGCUUUCUUGACGCUGCGCGAUGGUACUGGUUACCUGCAGUGCGUACUCCACGGGUUACUAUGCCAGACUUACAACGCACUAGUGCUGUCUACGGAAUCGUCGGUUAUCUUAUAUGGGAAAUUGGAGGCUGUGCCUGAAGGGAAGACGGCACCAGGUGGUCAUGAGUUGACUGCAGACUAUUGGGAGUUGGUCGGUCUCGCGCCGCCAGGUGGCGCUGAUGCCAUACUGAACGAGGAAGCUUUGCCCGAUGUACAGUUGGACAACAGGCACAUAAUGAUCCGUGGCGAGAAUACGUCGAAAGUGCUGCGGGCUCGCGCGGCCGUGACGCGGGCCUUCCGCGAGCACUUCGCCUCCCGCCGCUACACCGAGGUCACGCCGCCCACGCUCGUGCAGACCCAGUGCGAGGGCGGCAGCACCCUCUUCAAGUUCAGCUUCUUCGGCGAGCCAGCAUACCUGACGCAGAGCUCGCAGCUGUACCUGGAGACGUGCCUGCCGACGCUGGGCGACGUGUACUGCAUCGCGCAGUCCUACCGCGCCGAGCAAUCGCGCACCAGGCGACAUCUGGCCGAAUACAGCCACGUUGAAGCUGAAUGCCCAUUCAUCACGUUCGACGAGUUACUCGACCGUCUAGAGGACUUGGUGGUGGACGUGGUAGACCGAGUGUUAGAAUCAGACGCCGCACACCUUGUGCACGAACUGAACCCCGAUUUCAAGAGGCCGAAGAGGCCAUUCAGACGCAUGGCGUACAGCGAGGCGAUAGAGUACUUGCGGGCCAACAACAUCACUAAAGAAGACGGCUCGUUCUACGAAUUCGGAGAGGACAUACCAGAGAUGCCGGAGCGCAAAAUGACUGACGCUAUAGGUGAACCGAUCCUACUAUGCAAAUUUCCAUUGGAGAUCAAAUCUUUCUACAUGUCGCGGUGUGCGGACGACCGUCGCCUCACAGAAUCUGUGGAUGUACUGAUGCCGGGCGUAGGAGAGAUCGUCGGCGGCUCCAUGAGGAUAUGGGACUACGAGGAACUUAUGGAGGGCUACAAACGCGAGGGCAUCGACUCCUCCCCGUACUACUGGUACACGGAUCAGCGAAAGUUCGGCUCCGUACCACACGGCGGGUACGGCCUCGGCCUCGAACGCUUCCUGUGCUGGUUACUGGCGCGGCCGCACAUCCGUGACGUCUGUCUCUACCCCCGGUUCCUUGAUCGCUGCACACCUUGAGUACUCUUCCCACAACUCCACGAGUCUACCUGUAUGCUGGCCACACACAAACAGUAUACAGGGGUCAUUAUUAUAUUCGUUGCGAAGAAAAACUGUUAUUUUAAAAUAUUUAAUAAAUUCGGACUAAGGUAUUUUUUGUAGCAAAAUGAAAUAUGCUAUUGAGUCUUGCGUUACUUCUAGUAUCAGCAUUAAACGAAUUUAAAACUGAAAUGUGUUAUACAAAAUAAUUUGCUGGAACUAAUCCUGUUUUUUUUUUUAUAAAUUGAUUUUAGUAAUGUAGUAAAAUUUUAGUUGCUUGUAUGAAUGGCUUUCAAUAAAUACCAUUCCUGGUGCUCCAAAUGUACGGUAUUUAAACUGAAGGCGAAUUCACAGGGGUGAAAAGACCAAGUUUUCACAUAUUGUAAAGAUCGAUUCCGACUACAAGAUACGAUUUAUACAAAUGCAUAUUUUAUAUUGUAUCAAUAAUUAUUUAAUGUAUAAAUCAGAAUCGUUAUGUAAAUUCGGCGACAGACGCAUCGCUUUUUAUACACUACAAUCCUGGUCACGGCACCAAAAUUACCUUUUGUGUUUGACACUUUGAAACUGAAUCAUUUACUCAACUAUCAUAGAAUGAUUAAGGAAGCUGAAGUAAAAUAUCACAUAGAAAUUUUAUUUUUUUCGCAUCGAUAUAUAAAUGUGUGUGUAAACUCCAACAUUUACAGUGGAAGCAUCAUUACAUGUACACGGCACAAACAAUAAAUACUAUUAAAGUCAUAACUCUUCUACCAUUUAAAAGAAUUCCACAUUUCACCUUGUAACAAUCUGUUGCUUGUGCAAUUGUAAAAUAAUUAUAUUCGAGGAAUCUCGAAAAUGCAGAUUUGAAAUUUGAUUUGCAAAUUUUUGCAAAAAUUACGCCUGUUUUAGGGUUCCAUUAGAUUAUUAGAAAGGUCAGUAUCUCACCAUCAAUUAUGUCGCCAGAUUUACUCCAUUAUUCUGUUACAAAUAUUUUAUGUAUAAUAAUGUAUAAUAUAAUGCUAAAUCUCCAAAUCCAAUGAGGGCAUCUUAAAUAGUUUAACAUAAUACAAAUUAUUUUGUGACAAAAAGUGUACGCUAACUGUAUUUUUGUUGUACAAAAAUUAUUUUUAUUAAAUUAUUUUAAAGCUUGCUGGUUUGAAAUAAACGAGACAAAAAUCAA